AUGGAGAAGUACUCACAGCCACGGGCAGGCUGGCCAUCCUCGUCCCUGGGGGAGAAGGAGCCAAUUAGCCGCAAGGAUCAGAGCCAGCUUUGCUCGAAACCCCAGACCUGCUACUACAGCAGCACUGGGGGAGCCCCUCCGCCGCCAGCCCCUCACCGCAACAGUGGCAGCCGAAGCCUAAUCCCGGCUGCCCAGAGCCAGCGAUUGGCUCCGCGCGGCUCCGGGGACAACCGCCUGGCAGGUGCCCCCGCCCGAGGCUGCCGCCGCCAUAUUUGUCACGGGCGAUUGCCCUUAGGGACCAAAAAGGACGUGGAUGCUAGCAAGAAGGCAUGGAGGGGAGAAGCUCAACUAAAAAGUGGUGGAAAGGAGCCCUGCUCUGGACCUUCGGCUUCCCCACAUGCUGAGGACCAACUCCUCCCGGCUGAAGGAAAUAAGCCUACGCCGCGGCCCUGCGCCCGCCGUUCCCCGCGCCCGGCUACCAGGGGCCGUCGCUGCAGUCACCCACGGCAAGAGGGGCCGCAGUGGCCGAAAGCUGGUCGUCGUGGCCAGAAGGCAGCAGCCUACAGGUGGAGCUGCGCUGGGGACGCGUGGAGCGCGCCACGGGCCCGCGCCUGGAACUGCCGGACUUCGUGCGCCGGGAGCUGCGGCGCGUGUACGGCACGUACCCGCGCACUGACUUGCGCGUCACUUUCCGCGGAGGUGAGUUCCUGGUGCAGGGCGCGCCGCGCAUCGGUGAGCCCGAGUACCGAGUGCAGAGGCGAUUGCUGCGCGCGCCCGCCAGCAGCAGCAGCAGCGGCCGCAGCAGCCCAGCGGGGAAAGCGGCAGAGCGCGGCGGCCCGAAAAAGAGGAAAGGCCUGGGCUGAGGGCGCCGCAGGGCCUGGCGACCGGCUCGGGGGAGCACGCGCACAGCUAUCCUCCCAGGCGAGGAGGGAGAGACUGCUGUGCGUCGUACUUGGAAACACCUGUCACCUGUCUUUUUGCUUUUUUACCAAGAUAUUGCAGCCCGCCUCAUGCACUUUCUUGAUUUCUCUUAUGUUAUUGCUGGAGGUGGGGGAAGGGCAAAAAGGGCUCAAGGACAUCUCUGGGUGUGUGUCCUGUUACUCUUUCCUUCUGCUUGGGCUUGGGAAGACUGGGUGUGGGUGGAAGAGGGGCCUGAACCCUUUCACUCGUCGCUCCCUCCUCCUCCCUAUCUUCCCCUUAGAAGCCUGCCCUGCAGUAAGCCCCCACUUUCCUUUUUUUCUCUUCUCGCUCAAGCAAAGCUUCCCAAACUCCCCACGCCAAGGGCCCACCUGUCCCCAGCUUGUAAUGAAAAUAAAUGAGUGA